GGGCGGGCAUGAAGCUUGCGAGGAGCUUGCUUUGCAGCUGUUGUAGUGGUUGUGUUAUUGACUGGCACUUGCGUCGUUGUUAGGCACUUGUGAUGUUUUGUGUUGGUUCAUCCUGCAUCCCAGCCAUUUGAAACUCGAGGGCCUCAGAUCGAUCCAACUACCCAUGGCUUUGUGCGUCUUGCUUCUUCUGCUCCCGCUCUGCGGUGCGCAGCAGCCGGGCACCUUGAAGUCGGAAGGCAAUCCUACCAUGGCCGUGAAGGAGUGCACCAAAGCGGGCGGCUGCACGACCAAGGAGCACAAGUUGGUCCUGGACGCCAAUUGGCGGUGGAUCCACACGACGGAGGGUUCCAAGAACUGCUACACGGGCAAUAAGUGGGACAGCAGCAUCUGUACCGAUCCGGACACCUGUGCCCAGGGCUGUGCUCUGGAGGCAGUGGAUGCCGGGCAGUACGAGAGCAUCUACGGCAUCACGGCUGUUCCCGGCGGCGUUCGCCUGAACUUUGUGACCGGCUCCAAUGUUGGUUCUCGGGUGUUUUUGCUGGAAGAUGAUGAGACUUACAAGCUCUUCAAGCUCAAGAACCGAGAAUUCGCUGUUGAUGUAGACUCCUCAACGGUGGAGUGCGGCAUGAACGGGGCCAUGUACUUUAUCGAGAUGGCAGCUGACGGUGGCAAGGGCCGUGGCUACAAUGCUGCAGGCGCCAAGUAUGGCACUGGAUAUUGCGACGCACAGUGCCCCCACGACGUCAAGUUCAUCGGUGGCAAAGCGAACUCCAAGGAUUGGAAACCUCAUCCCAAGGAUUUCAGCAAUUCCAUGGGGCUUGGACACUAUGGUGCCUGCUGUGCUGAGAUGGACAUUUGGGAAGCGAACAACAUGGCAACGGCCUAUACGCCACACCCUUGCAACAUUGACACCCCGGGCCAGUACACGUGCGAAGGCACUGAGUGUGGCGACAACGACAGUGGGGAGCGGUAUGACGGGCUGUGUGACAAGGACGGAUGCGACAUCAACCCCUUCCGCAACGGCAACGCCACAUUCUAUGGUAAGGGGGCUAGUUUUGCCGUGGAUUCUGCCAGGCCCAUGACAGUUGUCACCCAGUUCCUUACUUCGGACGGAACCGAUGAUGGCGAUUUGUCUGAAAUCCGGCGCUUCUAUGUCCAGGAUGGCCGCGCAAUUUCAAGCCCGUCCAUCAUGACUCUCCCGAAAACGCCGGACUCCAUCACGGACGAGAUGUGCUCGGACAUGAAGGACCUCUUCGAGAACGAGAACGACUUCGAGGAGAAAGGCGGAAACAAGGCCAUGGGCGAGUCCUUGGAGCGUGGCCACGUUGCGGCUUUCUCCCUGUGGGACGACAUCGACGUCCACAUGAUGUGGCUGGAUUCCUGCUACCCCGAAGACAGGCCAUGUAGCGGCCCAGGCGUUCACCGCGGGAUGUGCCCGGGUGGUGAGGAGAGCUCCCCCCAGAAUGUGCGCAGCAAGCACCCGCAGGGCUAUGUGACCUUUGCAAACGCGGCUGUGGGCGAGAUUGGCUCCACGCAGUCUGUGUAUCCUGGGACUCCAAUGACGUCGCUACCCCCAACCACCGUGGCUUCAACCACCACUUCGAGCACGACGGCGGUGCCAAGUACGACCACCGCCACAACGUCGCAGACGGCGCCGGUGACCUCCACACCGCCAGCGUCCUGCGCAGGGGCCUGGCAGCAGUGCGGAGGGCGCAACCAUGCUGGCCCGACCUGCUGCACGGAGGGCUACCGCUGCGUGGUGGGCAAUGAGUGGUACUCGCAGUGCAAGCCCGCAGAGACGGCCCUUGCCCAAGCCGCGCCACAGAAGUCCAACAGCCGUCGCCACAAGUUUUUGGGUCCGAGCUUUCUGCAGUCCAAGACAAAGACCAAGAAAGCCGCCUCCCUGGAAACCGAGGAAAGCGAGCUGUAAAGUGACGGCCAGCUUUGCUUUGGCUGCGUAGGUAGGCCCAUGUGAAUUAGUACCCAGCUGGACGAGUGAGCCAGCUCCCGGAGAUUCCGGCUAUAGCCGCCGAGUGCUGCAGUGCACCGGCGGGAGUCUUUUGAUUCUGUUCUCGGUUUUGCAUAGCCACCGAGACCAGCCGUUUUGCAGGCACGCGUUUACUAGAUUGUGGAUGGGUGCGUGGACAAUGUAUAGCACUACAGGAAAGGCCAAAGCUGGCCGCUGCAAAGCUGCUUCCAGAAUGUCAGCGCGCGCAAAGA